UUCUCUCACAGCAAGAUGGACGUUGGACAGCUUGGACAAGAAGUAUGUGUAAAGGCUGUCAUAGGACUCUGGCAGACAGAGGAACAUGAGAAAACAAUAUGUGUUAAUGAAGAUCGCAAGAGCCUAAUUGUCAGAGAUAAAGCGGACAGUGAGACUAAGGAAUAUCACUUUACUUUUGAUGGAAUCUUUAAUUUUACGAGUGGACAGGACAAGUUAUUUUUUGAACUGAUUCAAUCCAUGCUGAACACAGUGACCUCAGGAUACAGCACAUCUAUUCUGCUUCAUGGGUGUCGCAACCACGGUAUGGAUUUCCUACAUGGGAAUGAUAAGAAUCAAUUUGGAUUUAUAUAUCAGGUUCUGGAACAAGUAUUUCAGGGAGUUCAUUCAUUCAGCAAUGAGGAGUGUCUUGUUACAGCAGCAUUCAUGCAGUUUAACCCCGAUGGAAAAGCCAUGGAUUUAUUAAAUCCCUCUAAUGAAGAUCUGGCAGCCGUCUACAUAUCUGCUCUUGGAGCGCCUAUUGAUGGGUCCAGUGAAAUAAUUAUUACUAGUCCAGAGGACGCCUAUUGCUUGUACUGCUGUGGAAGAGAGCGGCUAGAGGACCAAAAUUAUACCACACUAUUAAAGCUUACAGUGGAAAGGAGUGAAAAUGGAAUCGACACAGGGCCAAUGUAUGUACGUUCUACAGUCAGGAUUUUUCAACUCAGUGAGAAGUCUCUACAAGCCAGCGAGAAUAUUACAUGGCCACUGUUACAAGUCUUAGAGAAAACUGAAAGGAAUGAGAAAUUACUGCCAAUACUUUUAAAAGAUGCCUUGGAGGGAAACAGUUUGACCAUUUUGCUGACCUGCUUGAACAUUGAAGAGCUCUCUGGGAAGGAGAUCUUUUCUGCUCUUUCAGUAGCCGAUCGUGUCAGAGGAAUAUCAAAAAAAGUUUCAGCAACACGCUGGGAUCCAGAGGAAACUUCUCGUAAACUGAGGGGACAGAUUAAAGAGCUGCGAUCCGAGCUUCUCUCCGAUAAUGCACUCGAGGAAAGUUCUGUCAGACAACUGGCGGAGGCAGUGAAAGAACUGCAGAUGGUGAAGAAACAAAGUUGGAAAGUAAAAAGAGAAGUAUCUAAACAAUUUGGAGAAAAGAAUAGAUGCCAACAUGAGGAAUGCCAGAAUUGUCAGUGUUAUCAAAAAUCAGAGAUGUCUGAACCUGUCACUGCUGACCAAUGCCCCCACCAGAGACUUAUAAAUCUUAUUAACCAGAGUAGACAACAACAACUCAAUGACGACUAUGAAGCAAAUGGCAAAGGUGAAACAGACUUAAACCAAUCGACCAAGAACUGUGACUGGACCCUGGAGGAAAAUUCUAAAUAUAGUUCAAGAGAUGCCUGUAUCCAAGACACAACCUCUAAUAAGAGGAUAUUAUCAGAUUGUCUAGGGAUGGAAAUGGAGUUCUUAAUGGCACAAGCAAGAAGGGAGUGGCUGAAGGAACAACACAGAGCUUUGAUCCAUAUGGAAAUUAUUGGACUAGAGCAAGACAAGGAAACGCAUGAGAUUAGCGCUGUGGAGCAAGAAGUUCAGAAUUUGGAAAAAGAGAAGUCUGUAAUGGUUCUGCAGCUAGAGGCUCUGAGGAGGGAGAGGAAUGAGGCCGAAAAGGACUUGGAUUUACUCUGUCACUUUUACAAAGAAGAAGCACAAGCCCAUAAGCAACAUAUCUUACAGAUAUUCCAUGCUUAUCGGGGUUUGCUGGAGGAACAGAUGGAUGCCCAGGAACAUCGCUACAGAAAACUCCUAGAAGAAACUAUCCAUGAUGCAGUUCAACUUUCUGCUCGAAACCAAGAGCUGGAAAGUGAGAACAAGCAACUACAGAACAGCUUAACAGAGAUCAAGAAAAAAGACCUAAAGAAAUCCUAGGUGACUGCUUUAGGUUAUGAAUCCAGAUCUGUACAGAGAAGAGGGGAAUGAUAAUGUUGCUUUAUUUGGACAAAAAUGCAAGUCACUUUAGCUUUACACCAUAAAUGUGAUAUUCUUUAUUAUUCUGCAAUGUUGUCAUUUACCACGACAUGUAUAUUUAAAAAAAUAAAACAAAAUCUUUGGGUCCAGAUGGCUCACUAAGAAAUUUCUUUAUAGCAUACCGGUCAGAUCCCACAAAAAAACAAAAAAAACUGUUAUAUGUUACUCAGUACCUAAUCCUGCUCAUGUACAUAUAAU